CGAUCUGAUUGUUGUUGUCCUUGUUCCUAUUCAUCUGAAACAUUAACAUUAUCAAUUCGAAGACAAUAUCAUUCAUCUUCGUCAACACAUCAAUCAGGUCGAGGUAUACUUUCAAUGCAUGCAUUAAGUUAUGGAGUUGUACGUGUUGAUCAAGAUAAUAGUUUAACAUCAUUAACUAUACAAGAUGUUGGUCAUGUAUUACCUGGUGCUAUUAUUGGUAUUGUUAAAAUUGAUGGACCACCAUUACUUUGUCAAACAGAUGAAAUUGGAGAAGUUGUUAUAUCAUCAAAAGCAACACCAAAUGGUUAUUGGGCAUUACCUGGAUUAUCAACAAAUGUUUUUAAAGUUAUACCAUUAGGAUCGGAUGAAAGACCAAUUGGUACACAAGAAUUUGUUCGAUCAGGUUUACUUGGAUUUCUUGGACCAGGUGGCCUUCUAUUUGUAACUGGUAGUCGUGAAGGUUUAAUGCAAGUGGCUGGUCGUAAACAUAAUAGUGAUGAUCUAAUUGCAACAGCAUUAGCAGUUGAACCAAUGAAAGUUGUUUAUCGUGCACGUGUUGUUAUUUUUUCUAUACGAAUUCUACGUGAUGAAAGAAUAGUUAUUGUUGCUGAACAACGACCGGAUAUUGGUGAAGAUGAAUGUUUUCAAUGGAUGAGUCGUGUACUACAAGCUAUUGAUUCAAUACAUCAAGUUGGAGUUUAUUGUCUUGCUCUAUGUCCAGCAAAUACUCUACCUAAAAGUCAUUCAGGUAUGAUUCAUGUUCAAGAAACACGUCGACGUUUACUUGAAGGAAAUUUACAUCCGUGCUCGGUUCUUAUGUGUCCACAUUCAUGUGUACUUAAUUUACCCAAACCACGAGAACAUCAUCCUGAGCGAGAAGUUGGUCCUGGUGCUAUUUUAGCCGGUACCAUUAUACAAGGAAUGCGUUUAGCUGAAGCAAAAGGUGCUGAUAUGACAUUUAACGACGAUCAAGAUACAUCUGAUCAAGGAAAAAAAUUUCAAUAUAUUGAUGAUAUUCUUCGAUGGCGUGCGAUAACAAUGUCUGAUCAUAUACUUUAUUCUGUCAUUAACGCAAAAGGACAAGAAUCAGCACAUAUAACAUGUGCAGCAAUGCAUAAACGUAGUGAACGUAUUGCAUUAACAAUUCUCGAUCGUAUCGAAAUAAAAUCAUGCGAUCAUAUUGCUCUAUUAUAUCCGCCUUGUGUAGAUCUUGUUUCUUCUUUUUAUGCUUGUUUAUAUAUUGAUGUUGUACCAGUAUCUAUUCGUCCACCACAUGCACAAAAUCUUCUAAAUACAUUAUCAACUGUUAAAAUGAUGGUUGAAUUAAGUCAAGCAAAAGUUAUAUUAACUAAUGGUUCAAUUGCAAAAUUACUUCGAUGUAAAGAAGCUGCAUCAUUACUUGAUCCAAAAUUAUGGCCAUUAAUAAUUGAUACAGAUGAUUUACCUAAACUAAAGAAAAAUCAAGUUCUUCCAAAAAAAUCAACACCAACUCAAGCUCAAUCACUUUGCUAUUUGGAUUUCAGUAUUUCAACAACAGGUUCAUUAACUGCUGUGAAGUUAUCAUAUGGUGCUAUUGCUAAUUUAUGUCGCUCAAUCAAAUUAGCAUGUGAAUUAUAUCCAAGUCGAGAACUUGUUCUUUGUUUGGAUCCAUAUAAUGGACUUGGAUUAGUGCUCUGGUGUAUUAUCAGUAUCUAUGCUGGUCAUCAUUCAAUUCUUAUUGAUCCGGCUGAAGUUGAACUUAACCCAUCAGUAUGGAUGAAUACAAUUAGUCAUUAUAAAAUUCGUGAUACUUUUUGUUCCUACUCGGUGAUGGAACUUUGUACAAAGGGAUUGAGUACAUCCAUUGUUGAUCUUAAAAACCGUGGUUUAUCAUUAUCAUGUAUUCGAACAUGUGCAGUCGUAGCUGAAGAACGACCUCGUUUACAAUUAUUAAAUUCAUUUAUUAAAUUAUUUCAAACAUUAGGUCUUAAUCCGCGAAGUGUUAGUACAACGUUUGGUUGUCGAGUGAAUAUAGCUAUAUGUUUACGAGGCGCAAGUGAUCCUGAUCCAGCUCCUGUCUAUGUUGAUCAACGAGCAUUAAGAAAUGAUCGUGUAACUCUAGUCGAAAAAGGUAGUCCACAUAGUUUAUGUUUAUUGGAAUCAGGAAAACUUUUACCGGGUGUUAAAGUUGUUAUUGCUAAUCCGGAAAGUAAAGGUCAAUGUGCAGAUGCACAUUUAGGUGAAUUAUGGGUUCAAAGUGGUCAUAAUUCACUGGGCUGUCAGAUAAUCAGUUAUGGUGAUAAUCAUCAACAUCAUGGAUCGAAUCAUAAUCCAGAUCAGUUUUAUUCACAUAUGGCUACGGGUGAUACACGACAAUUAUAUGCUAGAACAGGAUAUUUAGGAUUCGUUCGUCGAACAGAUUCAAUUGCUGCAGAUGGAAAAAACCACGAUGCUGUUUAUAUAGUCGGUUCUCUGGAAGAAACACUUCUUAUUCGUGGUAUGCGUUAUCAUCCAACUGAUAUUGAAAAUACAGUUAUGCGUACACAUAAACGUAUUUGUGAAUGUGCUUGUUUUACUUGGACAAAUUUACUUGUUGUUGUUGUUGAAUAUGAUGGUCUUGAACAACAUUCACUUGAUCUUGUACCACUUAUAACAAGUGCAAUUCUUGAAGAACAUUAUGUGAUUGUUGGUGUUCUUGUCAUUGUUGAUCCGGGUGUUGUACCGGUCAAUUCACGUGGUGAAAAACAACGUAUGCACUUACGUGAUGGUUUUGUAUCUGAUCAGCUUGAUCCUAUAUUUGUUGCUUAUAAUAUGUAG